AUGGGGUUAUCCUUACGCAUCUUCUCAUUUUGGUUGUUGUUGUUUCAUCUUAAUUCCCUUGCGCAAUCUCUUUGCCAUGAUAAUGAGCGUUUUGCCUUGUUGCAGUUCAAGGAAAGCUUUGUUAUCAAUAAACAAGCUUCUGGUGACCCUUCUGCUUAUCCCAAGGUAGACUCAUGGAAGCCAGAAGAAGAAAAUGGUGACCGCUGCUCAUGGGAUGGGGUCAAGUGCCAUAAGGUUACUGGUGAUGUGAUUGGUCUUAACCUCACUAGUAGUUACCUCUAUGGGUCUAUAAACUCUAGCCACCGUCUUUUCCGUCUUAUUAAUCUUGAAUGGCUUAGCCUUGCUGAUAACGACUUCAAUGGCUCAAAAAUUCCUUCUGGAAUCAUCAACUUCUCUAGGCUAUCACAUCUGAACCUCACUGCUGCUAACUUCUCUGGUCAAAUACCUUCAGAGAUUCUAGAGCUCUCCAAGUUGGAGGAUCUAUUUCUAGGUCAAAAUAACCUUAUGGAACUCCAAAAGCCAAAUCUAAGAAGCCUAGUCGAUAAGUUAACCAACCUAAAGAAGUUGUAUCUCAGUCAAGUCAACAUUUCUUCCUCGAUACCACAUAUCUUGGUGAAUUUAUCUUCGUUAACUGAAUUAUCCCUUGAAGAGUGCAAAUUGCAAGGUGACUUUCCUACGAAGAUAUUUCAGUUACCCAAUCUUCAGUAUCUUAGUGUUCAACACAAUCCAGAUCUAACUGGAUAUUUGCCAGAAUUUGAUGCAAGCAGUCCGCUUCAACAAUUGAGACUUGGGUACACGAGCUUCAGUGGUGAGAUUCCAAAUUCGAUAGGGAAUCUUAGAUCCUUAUCUCACUUGGAUAUUCAUAAUUGCGAAUUUUCAGGAACGAUUCCCUCUUCACUCAGUGAUCUUACCAAGAUCACUUCUCUUUACUUGUCUCGAAAUAAAUUUUCACAUGAGUUGCCUCCUUUAUUGAGAAAUCUUACUUCUUUAGAAAAACUCAGCGUAUCCGAUAACAAUUUUUCAACGCAGAAUUCUCUUUCAUUGUCUUGGAUCAGUAAGCUUAGCAAAUUGACUCAUUUAGGCAUUUCAAAAAUCAAUCUAGUGGGGGAUAUUCCAUCUUGGCUCAUGAACCUAACCCAACUUCAGUUUUUAUAUAUGGGGAACAACCAAUUAACUGGUCCGAUCCCAGAUUGGCUCAUGAACCACAACCAAUUGUUACAUCUACUUCUGCAGUCUAAUCAAUUAACUGGUCAUAUCCCUUCCCAUAUUAGAAACCUGACCAAAUUGUACGGACUUGGACUAUCAUCGAAUCAAUUGGAAGGUUCAAUUCCCGCAUCCAUCAUUGAACUUGAGAAUCUGCAAUUCCUUGACCUUCGGCAGAAUAAUCUGAGUGGCACCGUGGAUUUACACGUAAUUCUCCAUAAACUCAAAUUUUUACAAGUAUUAGCUUUCUCAUCAAAUUCUUUAUCCCUGGUUACCAAAACCAACAUCCGUCCUGAAGUUCAACAACUGUUGACUUUAGGAUUGGCUUCAUGCAACCUCAACGAGUUCCCGAAUUUCCUACACAACCUAGAUCAAUUGGAGACUCUAGACCUUUCAUCUAACAAGAUAGCUGGCCAAAUACCUCAAUGGUUCUUGAACCAAAGUGUACAUAGUUUGCUAAGCUUGAACCUUUCCCACAAUCUUUUGACUGGCUUUCAGAAUCAUCUCGAUUUUCUCCCAUGGACUCGUCUAGGCAUUUUAGACCUUAGGUAUAAUAAAUUCCAAAGACCAUUGCAAGUUCCACCACCAUCAACCCGAAUCUAUCUGGUUUCACACAAUAACCUGGCUGGCGAAAUUCCACCUCUUAUGUGCAAUUUGAAUCAACUGAAAGCUCUUGAUUUGUCUUACAAUAACUUUAGUGGCAGGCUUCCACAAUGCUUGGGUAAUCUCAGCUAUAGCCUUUCAGCGUUGAAUUUGCGAAGUAACAAGUUUUGUGGAAGUAUUCCUUCAACAUUAGUAAGUGGAGCAAAUCUGAAUAUGAUUGACUUAAGCCAUAAUGAACUGCAAGGGAGAAUUCCGAGAUCAUUGGCUAACUGUAGAAGGCUGGAAUUUCUUAAUCUUGGAAAUAACCAAAUUAGUGAUGUUUUCCCCUCUUGGUUGGGAACACUUCCAGAGUUAAAGGUUCUCAUUUUGCAAGCCAAUGGGCUUUGGGGUGUAAUAAAAGAUCCUAAAACAAAUCUUGGAAUGCCAUGA